CAUCCGGCUGUGAAUCCAACCAUCUUCCACGCUUCCCAGGACGAGAAAUGUGUUGCGACUUUCUCAGAAGACUUGACAACUAUGACAGUUGCGGGAAUUGUAUGGGGGGUAGUUGCAUUCCACAAGACAGUCCACACGGGACCUUUGAUGAAUUCUUUGCAUGGUACACUCAAGGAGACCAUGAAACGUCCCUGUCAACGAAUCUGGAGAUUUCUCGCCCAGCUGCAUUCUUACCCUUCAAAACAGCUGGCCCAGCUAGCCUUUCUACGCGCUCUACUUACAGUGUUCCAGAACUGCAGAGCACAUUCCCACACAUCAAGCACAUCGAGUCAAACCCUAUCUGAUCACCUCCCACAAGAACUUCUCUCCCAAGCUUUAGGCAACUGGCCCGCAGACGAGGAUUCCCCACUCUGGGAGAACACAGAUCUCCUCGCCUGCCUCAAGGAUAACGCACCGUCGGAACGAACCAUCAUCGUAACGGCAAACGGCUGGAUCGGGCAGAUGGGCCAUCCAAACCGCGUGCGAACCGGCGAUCUGAUCUGUGUUCUGCUUGGGUGUUCAGUGCCAAUGACUCUACGUCCCGUCGAUGACCAUUUUGAGGUCGUUGGAGAUGCCUAUCUUGACGGCGUCAUAUUUGGAGAGGCGAUUGAGGCGCUUCGGAGGGGUGUCGUGGGUUUGCGAGACUUCGAGUUGCGGUAAAGGCGAUUUUUAGGGGCUCGCUUAGUUGCCGAGGAGUCUUUGCGGGUUUUGUGUAAGUAGGUAAACAGAUAAGAAAACGUUACUAGCUUGGAAUCACUGAUAAGAAAAGUUGCUAGCUCGCGAUGUGCAACAAAGAGAUUUUUGUAUAGAGCUAAGAAAAAGUACUAGCUUGGAAAUGGCUGCUAAGAAAAAGUUGCUAGCUCGCGAUGUGCAACAAAAGAUUAAUUCGCAGGAUUCAGUUUCAGACAUUUUGAGGUUGUUAUUGUUAGAUUGGAUCUGACUAAAGAACCAUUCCACAGUUGACAAUACCUUUAGCUAUACAGCACUCCGUACACAUUCCUUCUGGAAUUGCAGACUCAGACUCUAUCUGAUGAGCAUUCGUUUACAGACUUUAAGAUGGAAAGAAAAU